GGGUGAGGGGCGCGCGCGCAUCUGGAGCAGGGGCUAGGCCUAGAGUCGGGGCCACGCAGCCACCUGUGAGCCUAGGGCAAUUGCAGGCGGCUGCGGCGGCGUACCGGGCCCGAAAGCCAAGGAGAAGAGGCUCUGCCGACCCCGCCCGCAUGCCCGCCGGGCGCACACACACUCGCACCCGCGCGCGCCCGCACCGCGCGGCGGCAGUGGCGGCCGCCACGAUGCUCGCCAGCGGGUCGGGGAAGUUUCCCGCCUGCCUCGACCGCGGGCGCCGGUGCUCCCAGGUGUAGCGCCCCCGCGCGGAGCGUGCGGCCGGGCGCGUGCAGCAUGACCGGCCAGAGCCUGUGGGACGUGUCGGAGUCCAACGUCGAGGAUGGAGAGGUGCGCGUCAACGUAGGCGGCUUCAAGCGGCGGCUGCGCUCGCACACACUGCUGCGCUUCCCGGAGACGCGCCUGGGCCGCCUGCUGCUGUGCCAUUCCCGUGAGGCCAUCCUGGAGCUGUGCGACGACUACGACGAUGUGCAACGGGAGUUCUACUUCGACCGCAACCCGGAGCUGUUCCCCUACGUGUUGCACUUCUACCACACCGGCAAACUGCACGUCAUGGCAGAGCUGUGCGUCUUCUCCUUCAGCCAGGAGAUCGAGUACUGGGGCAUCAACGAGUUCUUCAUCGACUCCUGCUGCAGCUACAGCUACCACGGCCGCAAAGUGGAGCCCGAGCAGGAGCAGUGGGAUGAGCAGAGUGACCAGGAGAGCACCACAUCCUCCUUCGAUGAGAUCCUGGCCUUCUAUAGUGACGCCUCCAAGUUCGACGGGCAGCCCCUGGGAAACUUGCGCAGGCGCCUGUGGCUGGCGCUAGACAACCCAGGCUACUCGGUCCUGAGCCGGAUCUUCAGCGUCCUGUCCAUCCUGGUAGUGCUAGGCUCCAUCAUCACCAUGUGUCUCAACAGCCUGCCGGACUUCCAGAUCCCCGACAGCCAGGGCCAGCCCGGGGAGGAUCCCAGGUUCGAGACGGUGGAGCACUUUGGCAUCGCCUGGUUCACAUUCGAGCUGGUGGCCAGGUUUGCUGUAGCCCCUGACUUCCUCAAGUUCUUCAGGAACGCCCUCAACCUUAUCGACCUCAUGUCCAUUGUCCCCUUCUAUGUCACACUGGUGGUGAACCUGGUGGUGGAGAGUACCCCUACCCUGGCCAAUUUGGGCAGGGUGGCCCAGGUGCUGAGGCUCAUGCGCAUCUUUCGUAUCCUAAAGCUGGCCCGGCACUCCACCGGCCUCCGCUCCCUGGGCGCCACCUUGAAGUACAGCUACAAAGAAGUGGGGCUGCUCCUGCUGUACCUCUCCGUGGGCAUUUCCAUCUUCUCCGUGGUGGCCUACACCAUCGAAAAGGAGGAGAACGAAGGCCUGGCCACCAUCCCUGCCUGCUGGUGGUGGGCCACAGUCAGUAUGACCACUGUGGGCUAUGGGGAUGUGGUGCCUGGGACCACGGCUGGAAAGUUGACCGCCUCUGCCUGCAUCCUGGCGGGCAUCCUCGUUGUGGUACUGCCCAUCACCUUGAUCUUCAACAAGUUUUCCCACUUCUAUCGGCGCCAAAAGCAACUCGAGAGCGCCAUGCGCAGCUGCGACUUUGGAGACGGAAUGAAGGAGGUCCCCUCGGUCAACCUAAGGGACUACUAUGCCCAUAAGGUGAAAUCGCUCAUGGCAAGCCUGACCAACAUGAGCAGGAGCUCGCCCAGCGAGCUGAGUUUGAAUGAUUCCCUACGUUAGAUGGGAAGACCUUUCAAUAAAUGGCUGAGCUGUCCCUUGCGCCUCCGGCAGUAGUCCAGGCCCCUUAGGGCUAUGGUGUAAGGAGGAUUUCCGGCCCCAGGCGGGAAGAGACGGAUGGGCAGUGUGCACCAGGUUGCUUUUUAGAGUAUUUAAAACCUUUUUUUUUUUUUUUUGAGGGUGGUGUGUCUGACACCAUGCCUUCACACUUCUCAGCAACACAACACUCACUGGUCUCUGUAUUGUGGGCAUAACCGCCACCCUUCUACCAGCUGAGUUUCCAGAAUGCUGAUUCUUCCUGUUUACCGUCUACACUAUUCCAGUGCUCGUAGCUCAGUAGCGUCUGUAAGUUCUUUGUGCUGCUGUU